UUGAAGUGUCGAUUAAAGUCGACUAGAGAAAUUGGUUUUGAGUUCGAGAUUAUUUCGGCUGUAUUUUGUCAGAUUAUAUGGUAUCGUCACGAACGUCCGUCAAAGCUGCCCAACGAUAUCCGACCCACAAUCGAUCAACUUUCAUCGAUUUCUUUACGAUAUUGUGGCACAAACACAGUCACUGCAAUCACUGAUUUCUGUGCCAAUUUGCAUUGUGCAAAGAGUCGAAUUGACACCUUAAUUGUAAACCAUCAGACAAUAUUGAAACAAUUUCGAAACAACUUACAAUCGACUAACAUUUUUUGCACUGAAGAAAUCUUCAAAAGUGUAUGUUUUUUUAAGGUUGAAGUUGACGACGAUGAAGUGGCUCACCAGGUGGCGUUGGGCACGUUGUUGGCACUCCUAUCAGAUGCGUGUCGUUGUAUGGAAGAAUUGUGGCCGAGUAAGACGCAAGCUUCAGAUGUUCGUUCAUUACGGGUGUUAACAAUGAUAAGGUCGAGUAAUCAGUUCGAUCACUUGAUGGUCUCUUCCUUGUAUACGGAUUGCAUGGUAUUUGUAGAGGAUAGCGAAACUGUAAGGAGUGUUCUGGCGUAA